AUGGCGCGAAUCCAGUUGCUGGUGCUUCUCCUCGCUGCGCUCAUUGCGCUAGCCUCCGCCUCUUCAGCGCCGAGGUUCUGCAAGUGUACAUGCUUUAAGAACAGCACCAUCAUCCCCCUCGGCCCUCAGCACCAAUCCGACCAGCGAUCCCUCUACCAAGCGCCCUCCCCUCUUCAACAGCAUGUCCACCGGUCGACAACGUCAUCGUGCUCCGAGUGCACAAAGGCGUUUUGCCUGAGUCAGGGCAUCAGUUUCUGCAAGGACGCCGAGGAGGACGACGUUGUCACCAUGUGCUUCCAGCGCGACAGCAACAAGGACAAAAUCAUUGUCUGGGGCUUCAUCUUUGGGACGACGGGGCUGCUGGGCUGGGCUGCGUUCAAGAGAGUGCUCGAAUGGAGGGAGGCGCGGAACUUUGGGCUGGCGGGCGCGAAUUAUGCUGCGGUGGGCAGUAGUCGAUAG